UUACCUCACUUUCAAUUUUCAAAUCCUCUCGCGAAGCCAGACGACGGAGGCAGAAAUGGAAGCAUCGAUCGGAAAAUUCAGCAAGACCGUCGCCGCUUUCUGCAACCACCUACAGACGAGCAGCGACGCCCUCAAGCAGUCUGUUGACCGCCGCCCGAUCCCCCUCGAUUCUGCGUCGACGACGUUCGUGCAAUGCCUGAACCGGCGAGUGUCGUCGGCAAGCAGCGAUCUCAACUUGUUGGAAUCUAUGUCCUUCGGAACGGUGUCGUUUGAGGAGCUCCUCGGCCACUGCAAUGAAGUCUACAAGAAGAACCAAAAUGACCUCCUGUCUCUCCAGGAUCAUCUCCGCUCCUCGGGCUACAUCUCCUCCAAUGUAUUAGUCGAUAUUGAUUAUGACGAUGAAGAAGGGGAAAGUGAAGUCGUAAUGGAUGAUGUCUCUUCAAACAACAGCAUUGAUUUUACAAGGAAAAUUGAAGACGAUCCUCUGCUAGAUGAUGAUUCACUGAAUUUAAAAAAUCUUGGACUUUCGGAUGCCUGUCUAGCUACUCUUGCACCUGAAGCUAAUAGUAUGGUCGAUGAGGAGCCAUUUCAAUCUGUGACAAAGAUAUUGGAUUUUGCUGAAGAUGAGAUGGACAGUUCAUUGAUGUCAUUUGAAGACUCUACGGCCUUAUUAUGUGUGUCACUAGAUGAUUAUGAGAUCCUUCCUAAGCAUAUGAAGAGUUUAGCAUCAUGGGAGGACUUGCUUGCUGCUGUUGAGAAGAUUAAUCUAUGUCUUAGAACAAAAAAGACUAAACCAUGUGCCUUCCAACUGGAUGAAAUUGAAUCAUUAGGAUUGGGGCAUAAAGCAAGAUCUUACCUACUGCUGCUCAUUAAAAUGAAUCGGGUGGUUGUUGAGACUGCAGGAGGUUUGAUUUCCUAUAGAAUUUUAUAGUCAUUCUGUACUGUAGACUGUAGCACUCGCAGAUAACCCCAUUCUGCAUUCCAGUUAUGAGUCCUGUUCUUUUCCACCCUUUUCAAGCUAUUGUAAGGCUCUUAUGUUUUCAUUGAACUCUCUUGUGCAAUUAAAUGUCUACUUGCAUGA